AAGAUUAUUGACCAUGAGGUCAACUGGAAAACACCAGCUUUUGAGGUCGCACGGGUUCACCCGUCACCAGAAGUUCCUCCUCUCGCAGGAAGGGGUCUUUGCCGUACCAGCAUAAAGGUCGUCUUUGAUCAGUCCGAUCCCAAGCAUUUCUCUCCCCUGAUGGUCUACAGCGUGUUGUAAACAUGAAGGUCGAAGUGCAAAUCCUGAUCUUCGUGUUCGCAUGUGUUUGCUUGUAUUUCGCACGUGCCGCAACUCCAUGGGGACCAGUUAAAGAAAAACCCAAACACAAACCUAACGCGACGCUGGUAUGUGAGGGGGAGACGAAAUGGAUCAAUUGCAAGAUAGGGUACCACCUCAAAAUACACGACGUGUUCUGGGGACGAAAUGACAAGACCACCUGUCCGACAGCCCCGCCCUCUUUACAGACUGACAAGAUGUGUAAAACAAACGCCGCAAAGAACCUCAAGAAGGUGCGAGACGCGUGCAUCGACGAGGAGGGGAAACCACGAAGGUUUUUCGAGAUUCCUGGGUCUGUAAAGUUCUUCGGUUUCUAUCCUAAUUGCCAGGAGGUGUUCAAGUAUGCCAAGGUCAAGUUUAGUUGUGUUAGGGAUGACGAGAAGUCCAAGAAGAAAACCGGGAAAUAGAUGUUUUUAGUGACGUCACUUCAGCGGAAUAGAUCGGUAAAUGAAAAUGGGACAUGAUACCCGUCGAAAUAAUAUUUCUGGAAGUCAGGGUUGUUUUGUUCAUGACACACUAGAUAUGUCCCAAUUCGACUCCUUUUGCGAAGCAAUUUUUUUUCUUUUUUCCAAAACAACGAAGGAAGAAAUUAGAGAUUGGAAAAUAUCGAAUAAGUGUAUUAUCAGUCUCGCGUUAAUUGUCAUAUUGAUAGACCUGGUUGACUAUGUGUGACAAAUCUUAUACUGUUACAAGAACAUAACAAUAUAUCAGUGCAGCCAAAUGAGAUGUGCCUUUAGCAUCGAACUAAAUCCACUCAGUUACCGAAAGAAUGGCUACGUUCUAUUGCUAAAGCGAUAAAUUAUUUAUGAUAAGGUAUUUUUACAGGUUCUAUUAGUACUACUGAUAGGUGUUUCACACCGAAAACUAUGUCGUGAGCUCUUAUUCGGGGUUAAUCGGAAAUGUUUUGUUUUCGAAUGUUGGGAAUCCUGUGGCGUGCACUAGGGUGCACCUCGGCCAUCGCGCGCCACAGGACUCCCAAUAUUUGUAAACAAAACAUUUCCGAAUUAUGACUUUUCGUGGGAUUUUCGUUACCGAUCCCACUGUUAUCAAAUAUCUAUUCUCCUUGUAGGUACGAGUUAUAAGGAGUCGACUUUUUUACUAUACAAAGAUAGCAGCAAUAGGUAAUCGAAUUCAUAUACAUCUAUUUCAAAUAAAGUUGCACUCAGAGAAUCUGUGCAUCGUAACCCGCAGUGCAUCAUGGUUAUCAAGUAAAUAAGCAAAUAAGCGUAAAUAAAAUAAAAAUACAGGUUUCAAAAGCUUUAGAAUUUAUGUUUAUUGUUCUUAUGAACAUUCACACGGCUUUCAGAUACGAUUCAGCCGUUUAUACGCUACCCAUGAACCACCGCGGGUUACGACACAUGGAUUCCCCCGAGAGCAACCCUUUUUGAAAUAGGUGUACCAGUCGUUAUGUCAGAGAAACAAAAAAGGCAGCCGCCGACAUUGUUUUCGGUGUAAAACAAUAAUCCAACACCCGCAGGUUUUCGCGCUGUUCUGACUAUAAAUAUUUAAGGGCAGUAAAUGGAAAAGUAGUUUUGUUUGUAUAAACUGUCACAAUAUGGAUAUUCUUAAGGGGAUUUUCAUCGUUUUCAUCGGAUGUAUCCACUUUGCCGACGCCGCCGUCACUCCUUGGGGACCAGCGAAGGAAAAGCCAAAACAUCACCCGAACGCGACGCUGGUAUGUGAGGGGGAGACAAAAUGGAUCAAGUGCAAGAUAGGAUACCACCUCAAAAUACACGACGUGUUCUGGGGACGAAAUGACAAGACCACCUGUUCGACAGCCCCGCCCUCCUUACACACUGAAAAGAUGUGUAAAACAAACGCCGCAAAGAACCUCAAGAAGGUGCGAGAAGCGUGCAUCGACGAGGAGGGGAAACCACGAAGGUUUUUCAAGAUUCCUGGGUCUGCAAAGUUCUUCGGUGUCUAUCCUGAUUGCAUGGACGUGUACAAGUACGCCAAGGUCAAUUUCAGUUGCGUGUUUGAUAAUGUUACAGGCGUCGAGCCGCCGCGACAGUCGUCGACACCUCAGCCUAAAAUCACGGGCACUUCCCAGCCAUCAAACCCAACCGCAACCCAACCCCAAAAUCCAGCCAUACCCCAACCCCAAAAUCCAGCCAUACCCCAACUCCCAAAUCCAGCCAUACCCCAACCCCCAAACCCCCCGUCUGGAGGACAGCCACAGCAAGUUGUCACAUCCCAACCUCUGAACCAAGAAGUACCACAGCCAACAAAGCCGUUACCGGCUAGUAAGGAAGCCUCAAGAAAGACUAAAAAAUCUGCUGCUUCAAAACAUAGAAUUCUGAGUGUACGCUUACACAGGAAACCCAAGAAGUCUUUUAAGAAACUGACAGCAUAAGCGUGUGACUUUAUUUGUCAGAUGUUAUAAUCAGACAUUUUUCGAAGUUGGCGGUUUUACAAAACAAAGAAAUAAUUUUUACUCAACUCGUUAUCUAUGUUGAAGAUUUGUAUAAUUAUAUAUAUUAAUAUUUUAAUAAUUGAUUCGACCACACCCAAAAUAGGGCGUGACGGUUCUUUGCUUGGCGGUGGUCAUUGUCUGUAAGUUUGAUGGUUAUUACCUUAAGCGGUUAAUGAAAUACGGAGGGGGGGGGGGCUUUUAGCAUCCCCCCAGUCACAGACGGCUCAAAAAAGCCCAGUCUGAAUAGGGUUAAGAGUCGACAGCCAUCGAAAAGAUAAUAAAACGUUGUUUCCAUACCAUU